AUGUCUCUUGAUCCAUCUAAACUUCAAGAUCCUCUAAUGCCAUCCUAUACUUUUACUAUUUACCAUAGUGGUAUAUUUGAAAAAUCAAAAUUCAAGGACUACGAUUCAUUGCUUAUAAAUAUGCUUGAUCGAUCAGAGGUUAGAGCAAGCUAUUUAGCUUCAAUAUUUGAAGACGAUAGAGACGUUAAAAAGGGAGAAAACACAACCCUAGCGCGGGAACAAGGUGCACGAGGAGGCAAAAUCCGCAAAAAGGUUCCAAAAACAACGAGUACACACUUUGAAGGUGGACCGUAUGUCGCAUCUUUUUUGCUAGGCAGUAACCAAGUAAAAAAUUUAGUGCAAAUAGAUACCGGUAGUGAUUUACUUUGGUGGCAAUGUGGACCAUGUGAGGAAAAUAAGUGUUACAAGCAAGGUAGUCCUUUAUAUGACUCCACAAAAUCGAAAACAUUUCAAAAAAUCGAUUGCGUAAAUAGUUCAAGAUGUUUUGAUGAUUUGGACACAACUUAUACAUGUAAUAUUUCUAAUCAUGAGUGUAAGUACAACAUAAGAUUUGCAAGUGGACAAGUGUCAAAUGGUUUUAUGGCAGACGAUGUGAUUACUUUUGUUUAA